CAGGCAACAUACGCUGCCUGGGUAGGGAGCAGGGGCGGAGGGAGGGCCUUUCUUCCUUAGUCCAGAAUCUGGCAGCUGAAUCGGUUGCUGUGAAGCCUGAUCUGUCCACAGUCAAAGGCACGUGUGGAAAUCCACUCCCAGAGAAGAGUGAGUCCUUGGGGAAGCUGAUUUGGCCUCUGAAAUGUCUACUGACAGACACCACCCAGAGUUGACGGGGACUUCCUUCUCUCCCUUCGCUCUUCACAGGGGCACUGCCCCUUGGGAUGUGUGUGUGUUUUCCCUAGGUACGGGGUUUUAGUGCUAUAGUUUCUACUUUUAUCGACUUUUUUUUUUCAGAUUGUAUGGUGGUCACGGUGCACAUCGUAGCAUAGUUUAUGGUCAAGCAGCAGUUUCCAGAGUUAAUCAGCAGAUUCUUUUUUCUAAAUGUGGAACCCAGGAGAUAAAAUAGCUAUCAGCCUCGUGGGGUUUGAGUCUUCCUCGUCUGCGAAGAAGACUGUACUUUCUUUCUUCCUUGUAGGAACCCUCGGAGAACUCAGAGCCCAUUGUGAAGGUCGUAGCUCUGAGCUCUGUUGGCGGUAGCAGUGGUCAUUUUAUUUUAUACAUGUGGAGCACGUGUUCAGUCUCUGCCAAGGCUCAUUUCCACUGCCUGCUGAGCCCUUCGGGGCCUUCUGCCAGCCUCUCAGGAGCCGUGUGGGCUGGCACUGCCCUGCCAGUGCUGGGCAGUACUGGGCGGCGCUGGGUGGUGUGCUGAAGCCUCUGACUAUGAUUCGAAUCGCAGCCUUAAAUGCCAGCUCCACGAUUGAGGAUGAUCAUGAAGGAAGCUUUAAAAGUCACAAGACCCAGACAAAGGAGGCGCAGGAAGCAGAGGCUUUUGCCUUGUACCACAAGGCCCUGGAUCUGCAGAAGCACGACCGGUUUGAGGAGUCCGCCAAGGCCUACCACGAGCUCCUGGAGGCACGCCUGCUGCGAGAGGCAGUUUCGUCUGGUGAUGAGAAGGAGGGGUUGAAACACCCUGGACUGAUGCUGAAGUACUCCACGUUUAAGAACCUGGCCCAGCUGGCCGCCCAGAGGGAGGACCUAGAGACAGCCAUGGAGUUCUACCUGGAGGCGGUCAUGCUGGACUCCACAGACGUCAACCUCUGGUAUAAAAUCGGACACGUGGCCCUGAGGCUCAUCCGGGUACCCCUGGCUCGCCACGCUUUUGAGGAAGGGCUGCGGUGCAAUCCUGACCACUGGCCCUGCUUGGACAACCUCAUCACUGUCCUGUACACCCUCAGCGAUUACACCACUUGUUUGUACUUCAUUUGCAAAGCUUUGGAGAAGGACUGCCGCUACAGCAAGGGGCUGGUUCUCAAGGAGAAGAUCUUCGAGGAGCAACCGUGUCUCCGCCAGGACUCCCUCCGGAUGUUCCUGAAAUGGGAGCUGACCUUCUUUGGAGAGGUGGUUGAUGAGCAUGUAGGACAGAUGAUGAGUCCUGACAUGUCCAUCCACGAGGUGUCGGUGAGCACGGCCGAGUCGCAGGCCAUCAUGGACGAGGCCCUGGGGCUUCGGAGGAGGCGGCAGGCGCUGACCAUGCACGAGAAGGAGCCAGACCUGAAGCUGGUGCAGCCCAUCCCCUUCCUCACCUGGAAGUGCCUUGGAGAGAGCCUGCUGGCCACGUACCACCACCUCACCACCUGUGAGCCCCCGCGGCCCAGCCUCGGCAAGAGGAUCGACCUGUCUGACUACCAGGACCCUGGCCAGCCCCUAGUGUCCUCUGCCGUGGUGGCACCUGUCAGCGUGAUCCAGCCGAGCCCCAUCAAUGCCAACCCCGAGGUGACUGUGGCAGAGCCUGUGCUCUCUUACGCCCCCGUGGCCACGGCCAGCUUCCUGCUGCACAGCCCCAGCCUGUUGGAGACGGGCAUCCCCGCAGGUGAUGUUUCUGGGGGAGAUAAAUCCAAGAAAGGGGUGAAGCGGAAGAAGAUUUCUGAGGAGAGCGGGGAGACGGCGAAGCGGCGGUCCGCCCGUGUCCGAAACACCAAGUGCAAAAAAGAAGAGAAGGUGGACUUCCAGGAGCUGCUGGUGAAGUUCUUGCCAUCCAGGUUAAGAAAGCUGGACCCCGAGGAGGAAGACGACCCCUUUAGUAACUACGAAGUCCCGUCAGAAGCCAAACUGGAGAACUUCCCAAGUGUUGGGCCCCACAGGCUGUCCUUCGACUCAGCCACGUUCAUGGAAUCUGAGAAGCAAGACGUGCACGCCUUCCUUCUGGGGAACCUGAGCAACGGGGGCAUCUUGGAGCUCAUGAUGCGCUACCUGAAGAGCAUGGGCCACAGGUUCCUGCUGCGCUGGCCACCGGGCCUGGCAGAUGUCGUGCUCAGCAUCUACCACAGCUGGCGGAGGCACAGUGCCAGCCUGCCCAACCCGCUGCUCAGGGACUGUGGCGACCGGCACAUCCAGGACAUGAUGCUGAUGUCCCUCUCCUGCAUGGAGCUGCAGCUGGACCAGUGGCUGCUGACCAAGGGCCGGAGCUCUGCAGUGUCUCCUCGGAACUGCCCUGCGGGUGUGGUGAGCGGCAGGUUCGGGCCCGACUUCCCGGGAGCCCACUUCCUGGGGGACCUCCUGCAGCUGUCAUUCGCCUCGUCCCAGCGGGACCUGUUUGAAGAUGGCUGGCUGGAGUUUGUGGUCCGCGUGUACUGGUUGAAGGCACGAUUCCUGGCGCUGCAGGGAGACAUGGAACAGGCCCUGGAGAACUAUGACAUCUGCACGGAGAUGCUGCAGAGCUCUGCUGCCACCCGGGCUGUGGCGGGAGCCGAGCAAAGAGACGUCGUUAUCCGCCUGCCCAACCUCCACAAUGACUCAGUCGUCUCCCUGGAGGAGAUCGACAAGAACCUGAGGUCGCUGGAACGGUGCCAGUCACUGGAGGAGACUCAGCGGCUGUACGAGGCUGGCGACCACCGGGCCGUCGUGCGCCUGCUCCGCCCCACCUUGUGCCCCAGUGGGUUUGACCGGGCCAAACACCUGGAGUUCAUGACAUCUGUGCCUGAGAGGCCGGCCCAGCUGCUGCUGCUGCAGGACUCCUUGCUCCGGCUGGAGGACCACCGGCAGUGCUUCGAGUGCUCUGACGUGGCUCUGAAUGAGGCGGUCCAGCAGAUGGUUAAUGCCACUGAGGCUGCCGCCAAGGAGGAGUGGGUGGCCACGGUAACCCAGCUGCUGCUGGGCAUCGAGCAGGCGCUCUCAGCAGACAGCAGCGGCAGCAUCCUGAGGGACUCAUCCUCCGCUGCUGGCCUCACCCGUCUCACCAACAACCUCAUCCAGGUCAUCGACUGCAGCAUGGCCGUGCAGGAGGAGCCCAAGGAGCCCCAUGUGUCCUCGGUGCUGCCCUGGAUCAUCUUGCACCGCAUCAUUUGGCAGGAAGAGGACAGUUUCCGCUCCCUGUGCCACCAGCAACAGCUCCAGAGCCCGGCAGACGAAGUGACAGCCGAUCUGCCCAUGCUCCCUUCCUCCCUCAUGCUGCUCAACACGGCCCAUGAGUACCUGGGCCGGAGGGCCUGGUGUUGCAACUCCGACGGGGCCCUGCUGCGAUUCUACGUGCGCGUCCUCCAGAAGGAGCUUGCUGCAUCCACCUCUGAGGACACUCACCCAUACAAGGAGGAGCUGGAGACAGCCUUGGAGCAGUGCUUCUACUGCCUGUACAGCUACCCCAGCAAGAAGAGCAAGGCCAGGUACCUGGAGGAGCACUCGGCUCAGCAGGUGGAUCUGAUAUGGGAGGAUGCCCUGUUCAUGUUCGAGUACUUUAAGCCCAAGACCCUUCCUGAGUUUGACAGCUAUAAGACCAGCACCGUGUCCGCUGACUUGGCCAACCUUCUGAAGCGAAUUGCCACCAUCGUGCCCCGCACAGAGCGGCCAGCCCUGAGCCUGGACCAAGUCUCCGCCUACAUUGAGGGCACCUCUGCAGAGGUGCCCUGCCUCCCGGAAGGGGCCGACCCCUCCCCGCCGGUGGUGAAUGAGCUCUACUACCUCCUGGCCGAUUACCAUUUCAAAAACAAGGAGCAGUCCAAGGCCAUCAAGUUCUACAUGCACGACAUCUGCGUCUGCCCCAAUAGGUUUGACUCCUGGGCGGGCAUGGCCCUGGCCCGGGCCAGCCGCAUUCAGGACAAACUGAACUCCAAUGAGCUGAAGAGCGAUGGGCCCAUCUGGAAGCAUGCCACACCCGUGCUGAACUGCUUCCGGCGGGCGCUAGAGAUCGACAGCUCCAACCUGUCCCUGUGGAUCGAGUUCGGCACCAUGUCCUAUGCCCUGCACUCCUUCGCCUCACGCCAGUUGAAGCAGUGGAGGCCCGAGCUGCCUCCUGAGCUUGUGCAGCAGAUGGAGGAGCGGCGAGACAGCAUGCUGGAGACCGCCAGGCACUGCUUCACAUCGGCGGCGCGCUGCGAGGGUGACGGGGAUGAGGAGGAGUGGCUCAUCCACUACAUGCUGGGCAAGGUGGCUGAGAAGCAGCAGCAGCCGCCCACCGUGUACCUGCGGCACUACUGGCAAGCCGGCCACUACCUGCACGAGGAGGCAGCCCGCUACCCCAAGAAGAUCCACUACCACAACCCCCCCGAGCUGGCCAUGGAGGCCCUGGAGGUGUACUUCCGGCUCCACGCAUCCAUCCUGAAGCUCCUGGGGAGGCCCGACUCUGGGGUCAGUGCGGAGGUACUGGUCAGCUUCAUGAAGGAGGCUGCAGAAGGGCCCUUUGCCAGGGGCGAGGAGAAGAACGCGCCCAAAGCCUCAGAAAAGGAGAAGGCCUGCCUGGUGGACGAGGACUCCCACUCUUCAGCUGGGACACUGCCGGGCCCCGGAGCCUCCCUCCCCUCCUCCUCUGGCCCAGGUCUGACAUCCCCACCUUACACAGCCACUCCGAUUGACCACGAUUACGUCAAAUGUAAAAAACCCCACCAGCAGGCGACGCCGGACGAGCGCAGCCAGGAGAGCACGGCCGUGGCGCUCUCAGACUCCAGCUCGACGCAGGACCUCUUCAAUGAGCCUGCCAGCUCCCUGGAGGGUUCCCAGAAGCCCUACACAGAGAAGAGACCGCCCGCUCCCAGUUCCCAAGUAGGACCGCCUGGGAAAGACCUUCAGGGAGCUGCAGAGGAGAGAGGAAAAGCCGAGGAGUCCUCGGAGAGCACGGAAGUCUUCCAGGCCACAGAGCAAGGCAGCCAGAAGCCUGCUGCUGACCCCCCGGCCUCCGCUGGCACCCCUGCCAAGCCCCCAACUUCUGUGCCUGCCCCGUGGGAUGGGAGGAAGAGAGGGGACCCACUGGGGGAGCCAGCUGCCUUCCCCCAGGGGCUGCCUGCCGGUGCGGAGGAGCAGCGCCAGUUCCUCACAGAGCAGUGCAUCGCCUCGCUCCGCCUGUGCCUCAGCCGCUUCCCCCAGCACUACAAGAGUCUCUACCGCCUAGCCUUCCUCUACACCUACAGCAAGACCCACCGGAACCUCCAGUGGGCCCGCGACGUGUUGCUAGGUAGCGGUAUCCCGUGGCAACAGCUGCAGCACAUGCCGGCACAGGGGCUCUUCUGCGAGAGGAACAAGACCAAUUUCUUCAACGGCAUCUGGCGGAUCCCCGUGGACGAGAUCGACCGGCCGGGCAGCUUUGCCUGGCACAUGAACCGCUCCAUUGUGCUGCUGCUCAAGGUGCUGGCCCAGCUCCGGGACCACAGCACCCUGCUGAAGGUCUCCUCCAUGCUGCAGCGGACCCCGGACCAGGGCAAGAAGUAUCUGCGAGAUGCUGACCGCCAGGUCCUGGCUCAACGGGCCUUCAUCCUCACUGUGAAGGUGCUGGAGGACACACUGAGUGAGCUCUCGGAGGGGUCAGAACGCACAGGGCCCAAGGCCUGUGGCUUCCCCGGAGCCAGGAUGACCACCGACGUCUCCCACAAGGCCAGUCCUGAGGAUGGCCAGGAAGGCCUCCCGCACCCCAAGAGGCCCCCUCUGGCUGAUGGCUCAGGGCCAGGGGCCGAGCCAGGGGGCAAAGCAGGCCCCCACAACCACCGUCCUGUGGCUGUGGACGCAGGAGAUGGUGCAGACCAGGACGGGGAGCAGAAGGACAAGGAGAGCCCCCGGGCAGGCCCCACAGAGCCCAUGGACACGGGGGAGGCCGCCACCCAUGGCUCGGACUCGGAGCGGGUGCCACCCCUGCAGCCAGGCCGCCCCCCAAGAGACUGGGGCCCCGAGAGCCGGCCAGCCGAGCUGUCCCUGGAGGAGCUGAGCAUCAGCGCCCGGCAGCAGCCCAGCCCGCCCACACCGGCCCCACCAGCCGCCGCUGCCCCAGCCGCCACCCCUGGACCCAGGACAGGCGGCCACCCUGAGGAGGCACCUCCACGGCCCAGCCGCAAGAGGAAGCUCCUGGAGGACACAGAGUCCGGCAAGACCCUCCUACUGGACGCCUACCGAGUGUGGCAGCAGGGCCAGAAGGGCGUGGCCUAUGACCUUGGCCGUAUCGAGAGGAUCAUGUCCGAGACCUACAUGCUCAUCAAGCAGGUGGACGAGGAGGCUGCCCUGGAGCAGGCCGUGAAGUUCUGUCAGGUCCACCUUGGGGCCGCCGCCCAGAGACAGGCUGCAGGGGACACGCCCACCACCCCAAAGCACCCUAAGGACAGCCGAGAGAACUUCUUCCCUACAGCUGUGGCCCCUGCAGCCUCCGACCCCACGCCGGCAGACACCCCCCAGAGGCCCAGCGAUGGCCACACCAAGCCUCGUCCUGCGCAGGCUGCCGCCCCGGCUGUUGUCACCUGUCCUCCCUCGGCGUCAGCCUGUACCUCAGACCCGUCCAAGGAUCCCGGGCCCCCACGGCCACGCAGGCCCGAGGCCACCCCCAGCAUGUCCUCUUUGGGCCCAGAGGGAGAAGAGCUGACAGGAGGGGCAGAGGGUACGGGCUUCCUGCCCCAGGAACCGCGGUGCAGCGAGCAGGUGAAGACGGCCCCCGAGGGCCCUCCAGCAGAGCCGCACUGCUGGCCAGCAGAGGCGGCCCCCCGGACAGGUGCCGAGCCCACCUGCAGCCAGGUUGCCAGCUCCAAGGUGCCCAGUGGUGGGAGUGGCCAGCCACCCGAGGGCCACCUGGGCAAGGCUGAGCCUGGCCGGGCCAAAUCACGCCUCCUGCCCAACAUGCCAAAGCUGGUCAUCCCCUCGGCCACCACCAAGUUCCCCCCUGAGAUCACCGUCACGCCGCCCACCCCGACCCUGCUCUCGCCCAAAGGCAGCAUCUCAGAGGAGACCAAACAGAAGCUGAAGUCAGCCAUCCUGUCUGCCCAGUCGGCUGCCAACGUGAGGAAGGAGAGCCUGUGCCAGCCGGCCCUGGAGGUCCUGGAGACGUCGAGCCAGGAGUCCUCGCUGGAGAGCGAGACAGAUGAGGACGAUGACUACAUGGACAUCUGAGGGCCACUACCCAUGCACCACCACCCCCACGCCCCGCCCGGCGGGGUGUCCCCACCACAGGGCCACAGGCCACAGGAGCCCAGCAGGGCCUGCCUCCUUUUUUAUGAAGUGAUUUUCUUUGUAAACGUGACCGCCCCCUGCCAGGAGGCCGCUUCCACCCUUUCGCGGGCACUGCCUGGGUCACGGCAGUGGAGGGUCCUUUUCUGGUUGCUUUUCUAAUAAAGAUGGAACAGUCAGUCGUCUUGGCCUCUUUGUCCCCUGGGGUGGCGAUCCCUGUCCAGGCUUUCUGGGCCUUCCUCCCCCAGGCCAGGUCAGGGCCUGACCCACAGGCACCCGGGGAGCAGGCGGGAGCCACACGGGGCAGACGCUCCCGGGAGAGACAGCAGCCGGGCCUGGAAGGAACACAGGGGUGAGGGCACGUCCCUCCAGGGUCAGGGUCAGGAGGGUCCCAGCUGUGCUGAGGAGGUGGCUUGCACCCCAAUGUGAUGGGCACCCUGGGGAG